AUGAGCCCAGCGCAUAAAACUGGCCCGUUGUCCGGCGUCUCGCCAGCUCAAAGUGCCACGACUCAAAUUGAAAUAAAUAGGAAUCCCAGACUGAGAAAGAAAAUUUGCGGAAAUAGCAGCAUAUUUAUCGCCAGAUUGAAGGAAACUCCACAACAAAAACCCGAACUUCUUCAACCGCCUCCAAAAGUGGUGUAGUUACAUCAGCAGAUUAUAUAUAUAAAAAAGGACAGCUAACCUGUCAUAGUGGUCAUCAUGGAUCUAUAUGACCCUCAGACGCUAGGCAUCAUGGUAUUUGGAGGCUUCAUGGUCAUCUCAGCCCUCGGUAUCGUUCUGGUCUCCACCUUCUCCAUGAAGGAGACCUCCUAUGAGGAGGCCUUGGCCAAGCAGCGCAGAGAGCAGGGUAAGACUGCGCCGCUGGGACAGCUGACCAAGAAGGACAAGAAGAAGGAGAAGGCGUCUGAAAAGAAGAACCGGGGUAAGAAGGAACCCAAUGGGAAGCUUCCAGAAUUAGACCUAGAGGAUAUCACAGUGGCCGAGCCUGAACUAGCUCCAGAACCAGUUUCUGCCCCCAAACCUGCCCCUAAGCCUACCCCUGCUCCUGAACCAACCCCUGCUCCCAAACCUGCCCCUGAACCUACCUCUACCCCUGCUUCUGAACCAACCCCUGCUCCAGCUCCCCCUGCUGUAGAGGCCUCCCCUGCUCCAAAGAAGAAGAAGAAAGAGAAGAAGACGAUGGCUAAGGUUGAGCCAGCCCUGGCUGCUCCUGCCCCAGCCCCCAUGGCCCCCUCCAAGCCCACCCCAGCCCCCAUGGCCCCCUCCAAGCCCGCCCCUGCCGCAGCAGCCCCCAUGGCCCCCUCCAAGCCCGCCCCUGCCGCAGCAGCCCCCAUGGCCCCCUCCAAGCCUGCCCCAGUCCUGGAGGCUGUCACCAAGGAGGUCCCUGUGAUGGCAGUGCCCCCGGUGGGCUCCCAGAGGACUGCAGCCAAGGCUCAGGAGACCAAAGCACAUGACCUUUCCAAGAAGAAGGCGUCCUCCAAGAAGAAGACUGAGUCUGUGUUGGACUCUGGUCUGGAUUCCCCCCUGUUCCUGCCCUACAAGGCCCUGGUCUCGACCGUUAGCAGUAUGGUCUUCAGUCAGGGAGAGGCCCAGCGCCUCCUAGAGAUCCUCUCUGACAAGGCUGGCAUCAGACAAGACACCUGGCACGUGGCUACUCAGAAGGGCGACCCAGUGGCUGUGAUGAAGAAACAGUUGGAGGAGAAUCAGAAACAGCUCGCUACUCAGCAGGAGGAUGCCUCUGCAGCCAAAAACAAACUCCGGGAACUCAGCAGGGAGCUCUCUGCUGAGAAGUCCAAGGUGGCCAGUGUGGAGACCAGGCUGAGUUCCCAGCUCUCAUCCAGGGAGCAGGAGAUGAUCGCCCUCCAGGCUCGUAUGCAGGCCUCCUACCAGGACCACGUAGCCCAGACACAGAAACUCAACGCCAAGGUCCUCAGUCUUCAGGAGCAGUUGGAGUCUGGUCCCACGGCCCAGCUGGCUCGUCUGCAGCAGGAGAACUCUAUUCUCAGAGAUGCCCUGAACCAGGCCACAAGCCAGGCAGAGAGCAAACAGAAUGCAGAGCUGGCCAAGCUGAGACAGGAUUGUGCCAAACUGACCAAGGAGCUGGGGGAGAAGAGUGUGAGCCUUCAGACUGAUGAGGUCAUCAGGACUGGACUGGAGGCUAAGGUGUCUUCUGUAGAGAAACAAUUGUCUUCACUACAGGCCACUCAUGCCGAGAGUGAACAGGAGCUGCAGAGGAGGCUGGAGGAGGUCAGUGAGGAGCUGAGGAGUUCUCAGAGGACCCUGGAGAAAGCCCAGCAGGAUGCUACCACCCUUUCAGAUCUCCAGGUCCAUCUGGGCAGUGUAGAGGAUGAUCUGAAGGAACGUGGGGCCCAGCUGGAGGCCCUCACAGCCCAGCUGGAGCAGGCUGAGCUGGAGAAGGGACAGCUGGAGGACCAGGUGGGAUCCAUUAAUGUACUUCUCGAGGCCAGCCAGAACAGAGACGAGAAUGAGGACUUGGAGAUGUGGAGUUGGUCUUUUCUCAACAACACCAAUCAUUUCUCUUCUAGUCUUCAAGACCGAGACGUUCAGCUGGCGUCACUCCAAGAGGAGCUGAAGCAGCUCAAAGAAAUGAAACAGGAGGCAGCGAUGACUACCGAGGUCAUUACAGCUGAGACCGAGCAGGCACCUAACAGUGAGGACAGAUGCCUGGUGGUGUCCCUUCAGGAAGAACUGAAACGGCUUAAAGAAGAGAUGGAACAACUACUAAACUCUCCCGUAGCGCCCCAAAGUUUUGCGCUAAAAUCGGCUGAUGUCUCAGGAGAGUCUGAUCAGCUACUCAAUGGUCUGGAGAAGAGUGAGAGCCAGGAAGUAACACUAGAAGAGGAAGGGAUUCAACUCAAAGAACAAUCUGAACAGGCCCAGAGCAGCACCAUUCAGUCACACAACACAGCAGAACUGGCCUCGCUACAAACCAGUCUGGCAGAGAGAGAAGCCAUGAUGAAAUCACUACGAGAGGAGCUAAUGGAAGCCAGGGACCAAUCACAGAAGGUACAGGAGAUCCUCGCUCAGGUCCAGCAGAGCCAAGAGUCCCAGCCGAGCACAGAGCUUCCGGAGCUGUUGGAGAAACUGAAGGAGGCAGAGGACAACCACGGGACACUGCAGGCACAGUGUGACCAGUACAGGACAAUCCUGGCUGAAACGGAAGGAAUGCUGACGAACCUUCAGAAGUGUGUUGAGGGGGAGGAGCUGGUGUGGAAGUCCAAGAUGGCCGACUCUGAGGACCAGUUGAAGAAGGCCCUGGAACAAGUGCAUGCUCUGGAGGAGACUGCAGAGAGCUUGAAGACAGGAAACCAAAGCAUAGAACAGCUGAAGGAGCAGGUGAUGCUUCUGGAAGCCCAGUUGGAGAAACAGUCUGAGACGGAGGAGGAAAUGGCACAGUUGAAGAAGCUGCUGUCAGAGUCUCAGAGCCAGCUGGAGUCGGCCCAGACGCAGGCCCAGACGCAGGCCCAGACGCACAGGGAAGAGCUGGCUACGGUCAGAGGUCAGCUGAGUGAGGCGACGGAGCACGCUCAGAGCCAAAAGGCGGUCCCUGAGGCCGGGGCACAGAACGGACAAUCGGAGCCCGAGGUCCAGUCCCAGUUGAGUAAAACCACGGAGGAGUUUGAACAGGCUCAGAAGACUGUAGAACUCCAGGCUCAGAAGACUGUAGAACUCCAGGCUCAGAAGACUGUAGAACUCCAGGCUCAGAAGACUGUAGAACUCCAGGCUCAGAAGACUGUAGAACUCCAGGCUCAGAAGACUGUAGAACUCCAGGCUCAGCUGGACAUUCUGAAAGAGGCAGGAGACUCCCCACAGGCUGACACAGAGGACGUAGCCCAGCUAAAGGAAGAGAGUUCAGGACUGAAGGAAGGAACAUCUGUGUAAGAGACUGAAGACGUGACACUUAAACAUGAUUAUCAUAGUUAUGCAUUCCAAAACUAUUAGUUCUUGUACUGUAGUAGUUGAUUGCUGCAACUCCUAUAAAAAAAUAUUUAAAAAAAAUCAAAGGGCCAGUUUCCCGGACGCUGAUUUAAACCUCUUCCGGAACUGAAAUACAUGCUCAGUGGAGAAUCUCCCUUCAAGAAACGUGUUAGCCAGGGACUAGGCUUAAUGUGUCUGGGGAAAACCGGCUCAGAAUCUUUCUGGGUCGUUCCACCAAUUCGGUGCCUUAUCAAAUGUGUAACUUGAUGGGGGGGAUAUUUUUUCUUUCGUUCUGUCAUAAAGAGAACAUGUUCAACACAAUAAAAAUGUUUUCCCA